UCCUCCGCGUCUGCCCUGCGAUUUCAUUUAACAAUGGACAUUAUCUGGACCUUGAGUUCAAUGUCAAAGAUAGGCCAGGGAGACAUAUUCAUCUUCAUCAGAGUCAUUAGAGUCCAGUCAAUGGACUAUGCGCUGGACUCCGAGAAAAAGUCUCUUUUCUCACUCUUGAAAAUAAGGGUCUAACUUUUUAAAAGGUUGUUAGAAACUCCAGAACCCUGGUAAAGGGGAAUGGUUGGUUUAAAAAAGAGGAUUAAUUGCUAAUCCACUUGAUAAACCUUUUAAAUAAUUCGCUAGAUUUAAAAAUGUAAAAACAAAAAUUAAUCUAUUUUAUUGCGCGAAAACGCAUUUAAUUUCACGAAGAUGCUGUUGAAAUGGUACAUUAAUUUUCCUGCUCACAAAAAACUAAAAAAAAAAAAAAAGUGAAAUAAUUAGUAGCCUAUUGUUUUGUAUGUGAGAAGAGAUGGGAGAGGAAUUUUCGUGAACUGUCAGGGAGCAGGUGUAUGAGGGGAAAAGAAGAAAAAAAUUGAAGAGUUAAAGUAGCACUAUUUGUGUUUACUAAAGCUAAACAUAAAUGUUAGUCCUUAAAUUAGUCGUAAUAUAGUUAAACGUCAUUUAGUUUUAAAGAAAACAGUCGAACAGAGUUACACCUCAGUGCACUUUCACUUGCACGAGCCUCCCUCGUUUUCGUGUCCCCCAGCGCGAGCAAAGCAAGCGGGGAGAGAAAAGCGCCGCUGAUUUCAUGAUUACUGGAUGGCUUCAUCAAAGCGGUUAAAUUCGGGUCUAUCCACGAGCAGCCCCGUCCCGACCUCGCGCUGACCUCGCCUCUCCGCGAACGUGGGGGAGACUCGCGCAACUUCCGACCGGUGGACACGCGAGACAGGUCCCCCCUCCUCCUUCUCCUCAUCCUCCUCCUCCUCAGCGCAUCUCCCUCGCAUGGGACAAGAGAGGAUCCACUAGAACGGGACAGACAGAGACACUCCUACACGUUCGGAUCACUGAAGGUGGACGAUCCCCGCCGUCCCUGUUUCUUUUUCACACUCUCGCGCUCGCGAUCCGAUGCCAGGAAGAGGGACAGUGAAUAAAACCGCCAGUCAGACAAUUCGACACCUGGGGACUUUCAACCGCAUGCUUCGUGGAAGAACGGACUGAAGUUGGACAAAGUUUUUGUCCGCGGGGAAAUUUAGCGUGUCGUCCACUUGAUAAGAGCAAAACGAGAGGAGAGAGACGACGUUUUUUUUUCUUCAGCGAGAGACACGGGAUACAUGCCGCAAAACACAACGGUCGCGUACAAGCUUCUUUCGGGGCUGUUGUGAGUUUUUUGGUGCCGUUUCAUUGAUUCAUUCUUCCCAGUGAGAUUUCCGUAAGGGCGAGCAGACAGGUUUGGAUGGGAGCGUAUGUGAUAGCAGGAGCUGGCUAAGGCACGUCCAGAUCUCUCCAUCCACCCACCAACACAACCUCACAGCCUGCCAGAUACAUGAGCAGAUCUUUUACCGUGUGGUCCGAGAGGUCCAGCCGGGUGAGGAACUCUUACUGUUCAUGAAGGCUGAGGAGUUUUCAUGUGAGACCAUGGCUCCAGACAUACACGAGGAGCGUCAAUACCGCUGUGAGGACUGUGACCUAAACUUUGAGUCUGGUUCAGAGCUGUUGGACCAUCAGAAGCAUGCAUGCGGUACCCCGCCUUCCUCCGGCUUCAAGCUGUCUAAACAGGGUCUGCCCAGCGCCGGAGACGAUGCUGAUCUUGACUCACUGCACCUACACUCUCUCCCCCUAAACUUACCCCGCUCACCACAGGAGUGUAAGGAGUGCGAGCAGGUCUUUCCUGAUGCACAGAGUCUGGACACUCACUCUCUGUCUCAUUCUGACGAGAGAGAGUAUAAGUGUGAUCAGUGCCCGAAGGCCUUCAACUGGAAAUCAAAUCUGAUUCGCCACCAGAUGUCACAUGACAGCGGCAAGCACUAUGAAUGUGAAAACUGCUCAAAGCAGGUGUUCACAGACCCCAGUAACUUGCAGAGGCACAUCCGCUCUCAGCACGUGGGGGCUCGAGCUCACGCAUGCCCCGACUGCGGCAAGACCUUCGCCACCUCCUCGGGCCUUAAACAACACAAACACAUCCACUCUUCCGUCAAGCCCUUCAUAUGUAAGUCACUCAGACCCUUCAUAUGUGAGGUCUGCCACAAAUCUUACACGCAGUUCUCCAAUCUGUGCCGCCACAAGCGCAUGCACGCAGACUGUCGAACUCAGAUCAAGUGCAAAGACUGUGGCCAGAUGUUUAGCACCACGUCAUCCCUAAACAAGCAUCGGCGCUUCUGCGAGGGUAAAAACCAUUUCGCUGCUGCUGCAGGAGGGUUAUUUGCCCAAGGCAUGGCCCUCCCUGGAACCCCUGGCCUGGACAAGUCCGCACUGGCUGGAAUGAGCCAUGGGAGUCCUGGUUUAGCAGACUAUUUUGGGACGAACCGGCACCAUGGUGGGCUGACAUUCCCAGCAGCCCCUCCAGCAUUCCCGUUCAGUUUUCCAGGACUUUUCCCAUCGGGACUUUAUCACCGGCCCCCUCUAAUCCCAUCCACAUCACCCAUUAAUGGCCCUCCGAGCACUGAACUACGGAAGAGUCCGCUGGUGUCCUCACCCAUCUCUGGGUCGCAUGACCUCUUGAAGAGUUUACGCAAGGAUUCGUUCAACGGGGAGGGCGAGAGCAUGGAGAGUCAGAGAGAAGGAUCCGUCUCCAAGCCAAGGCAUGGCGGGAAAAUGAGCGACCAGUCGGAGAGUAGCGAUCUGGAUGACGUCAGCACUCCAAGUGGGAGUGAGCUGGAGAGCACUUCAGGUUCAGAGUUGGAGAGUGAAGCAGAAAGCGACCGGGAAAGGGUGCGAGUGCGGGAAAAUGGGAAAGGGCCGAAAAGGAAAUCCAGCGGGUUCAGCGAUGCCCAAAGCCCAACUCUUGUUAGCUCCAGUAGUAGUAGUAACAUCAAUAAUGGAAAAGACUUCCCUGUGCCGGGGCUUGUACCACCAUCUUUGGACGAGCAAACGGCUGUUUCCGGUGCUGUUAAUGACUCGAUCAAGGCAAUUGCCUCCAUUGCUGAGAAAUACUUUGGUUCUACUGGACUUGCAGGCCUGCAAGACAAAAAAGUUGGGGCAUUGCCAUACCCUUCCAUGUUCCCUCUAUCGUUCUUUCCUGCCUUCUCUCCAUCAGUCUAUCCUUUCCCUGAAAGGGAGCAACUUAGACCUCCAGGCCUCAAAGGGGAGCCAGAAAGCCCUCCAGUUGAGGGUAAAAAACUUCAGGGCAGAAACGCUGAAUCACCUUUUGACCUCACCACCAAGCGGAAGGAAGAACGCCUUGCGGCCACCUGCACCCCUUCGAAGCCAGAAGCCUCACAUGUACAAUCAGCCAACCAGGAUCAGCCGCUGGACCUCAGUCUUGGUGGGCGAAGUCGAGGAAAGAGCGUAAGAGGGGAAGAGUUAAAAAAGAACCCCAUCUUUGGCGAGGAGAGGGUUGAACCAGAGCCACCCAAAGCCGACCCAUCCCUCCAACACGCAAGACCUACGCCUUUCUUCAUGGAUCCCAUUUACAGCAGGGUUGAGAAGAGAAAGAUGAAUGAUCCAUUCGAAGUCCUCAAGGACAAGUAUAUGCGGCCAGCUCCUGGAUUUCUCUUCCACCCACAGUUUCGCAUGCCUGAUCAGAGAACAUGGAUGUCGGCGAUUGAAAACAUGGCUGAAAAGCUGGAAUCCUUUGGCUCUUUGAAGCCAGACGGCGGUGACAUCAUGCGUUCCGUUCCCUCCAUGUUCGACUUCCGGGCUCCGCCCACCACCCUUCCUGAGACACUGUUACGCAAGGGCAAAGAGCGCUACACCUGCAGAUACUGUGGCAAGAUAUUCCCACGCUCGGCCAACCUUACAAGACAUCUACGGACACACACAGGAGAGCAGCCUUACAGAUGUAAGUACUGUGAUCGUUCGUUCAGUAUUUCAUCAAAUCUUCAGCGUCACAUCCGUAACAUCCAUAACAAAGAGAAACCCUUCAAAUGCCACCUCUGUGACCGCUGCUUUGGGCAACAAACCAACCUGGACCGGCACCUCAAAAAACACGAGAAUGGUAAUUUAUCAGGCACAGCGAUGUCGUCGCCUCGUUCAGAGCUGGACAGUGGCAGUGCCAUCUUGGAGGACAAGGAGGACUCGUAUUUUAACGAAAUACGUAACUUCAUCAGUAACACGGCACGGAACGCCACAUCUCCGUCACACUCCGAGGAAGGGCUAAACGGCAGUCAUUUUGAUGGUGACAAAACCCUGCCUGGCCAGGGGUCACGUGACCUGGACGAAGAAGAAGGGGAGGAGCUUGGAGCAGAGGAAGAGGAGGCGGAGCAUAGCGACAGUGUCAGGAAACCCAGCGAGGAUGGCGUGCCUAGCAGUCUGGAUCAUGACAUCAUAAACGAUGACAUGGAUUUCGAGGGACCAGAUGAUCUGGAGAUGAACAGCAAAUCCUCACCACGAAGGUUUAAUGAGGAUGAGGAUGACGAAGAUCACAGCAGUUUCUCCACGCUGGAUCACAUCCGUCACUUUAGUAUGGAGGACGGGGAUCUUAGCGACAGUGAUGUCGGCAGCUUUGGCCCCGCCCACCUGCAAGAAGGCAUUAAGCAGCCUCUGUACAGGAAGUCUAAGUCACAGGCAUAUGCUAUGAUGCUAUCUCUAGCUGAUAAGGAUCCACUCCAUUCGUCUACCCAUAAUGCCCCGAUGUGGCACAGUUUGGCCCGCGCUGCAGAACCCAGCGCCAUUCAGUCUCUCAGUCACGUAUGACACCCCUGUGUAACCAUGUGACCUAACUUAACAUUGCGUUACACUACCAGUCCACACACACACACCUGCACAAGUGCCCAAAUCCUUGUACACUUAUACCAUACGCACCAAGAUCCCAUGUACAUGAACAAAUUAUUGAUUGACUGUUUGAUCGAUUAUCAAGUACAGUUAGUAGGAAUGACAGUAGUGUCAGUAAUUUUGAUGGUGAUGAUGAAGACAAUGAUGACAAUAGUAGUAAUACGUAAUAAUAAUUGUAUUUAUUCUGUCAAGUUCCAAUGUUUUGCACAGCAGUGGCAGCUGGUGAACAGUUUUUGAGAUUGCUAAUGAAACGUUGGUGUCAUGUUUGUGAGUUUUGUCCUCUAAAACCGUAGUUACUAAGAGUAACAGAUAAGAGUCUUCCACAAGACAAAUGUGACGGACGCCUACCGGCCUGUGAAUAUAUUUAGAAUUAACAACAUCACACACAAAUACACGCAAAUACAGACACACAAAAAACAACCAUGUGUGUUUUUCAAGCAUUUUAACAGUUUCUUUUAGGUCUUGUACAGAAACGUACAAGUUUACAAACUUAUGCGAGGGGUUUAGUGUUUCUCUUUUAAGACAUUCUCCAGAAGUUUGUGAAUUUAAAAACGUAAACAGAUACAGAUAAAAGGUGUGACCUUUAGACCUCUCACUGACGCUGCUUGUUAAAAAAAAAAAAGGGAGUAAGGAGCGAGACAGUGACUAUUUUCAAGUUCUGUCCAAUUAAAGCACUGCAUUACCUUCAACCCACUUUUCCCGCCAGUUUGUGCGAAAACAGAGGCUCUUUUUAAUUAGUUUCUUUUUUAAGUUGAAAGAGUGGUUGUAAAAAAAAAAAAAAUGCUAGCAAUUUUUUUUCUAAAUUGAGAAAAACUAGUUUAAGAACUGAAUCUGUAGAAUUCGCAUAAAGGGCAUUUUAUCGUUUCCACGGUAACAUUUUCCAUUAGUUGGCGAACGAUACCACUAAAUAGCCUGAAUGCUAGUCCUUAGCUUCACCGUCCUCGUGUGUCUUUCAUUUAUAGACAAUCAUGGGUUUCUUGUGUUUUAUUUUUAUUUUAUUUUUUUCCCCUUGUCGUUUGUUGCUUUGUUUUUGUCUCACUUUAUUUUCUUGGUUGAUGUCGUCAAUGUUAUUGCUGUGUAUCUUGAAAGUUGUAUUUAUUUCUCUGCAAACUGUAGUUUGUUUACUGAAUAGCACUGCUCUCAAACGCCCCCUUGUGUUGAAAUGAAGAAUUUCUCACUGAAAAUUUUGGGGGACAAGACUCUACUGGGGUUUGUAGAAGUCUGAAUGCCAGAUAGUAUUAAACGUUCCAUCACAGCUUAUACUUCUAAUAAAACUGGUAAAUGAUAUAGAUAUUACUUAGAUUUUUUUUUGUAUGACAAUUUAUUGAUUCAACUGUAAAAUAUUAAAAAAAAGAGAGAAAAUAGAGAAAAAAAGGAAAGAAGAAUAAAAACAGCUGAUAUUAUUUCUUCAUAAAACGCAUGAUUGGUCCAAGCUGUACCUGACAUUUUCUAUGGUUGUCUGCAAGCUUGUGUGACGUUUGGGUCCAUGUUGAUUUCUUGUGCCAAACCUAUGAGAAAUGCCAGAUUUUGUUCAUCCUCACGAGGUGAAGGACCAGAUCUUUCCUAUUUCACUUUGUUUGUUUGUUUGGGUUUUUUGUCGAUGUUUAUAAUCCCAUUUUUAAAAGUAAUCAGUGAGUUGAGGUACUUCUGUUUUAAUGCUUUCUACAAUGUAACUGUAUUGCAUUAUAAUUCAAUACUGUGGGAGGAGUUACUGAGAAAUAAAAAAAAAAACUCCUGUGUGGGCGGACUGUGCACUCUC